AUGCUCACUCCAUUUACUCCAUCUACGAUAACUCUGCGACGCCCUAGCGGUGAGUCAGAUUUCAUUUUGACAAAAGUAGAAACACACAACAACAACAGCAACAGCAGCAACAAUAUCAGCAGCGGCAAAAGCAACGCCAACAGCCACAACGGUGACGACGACAACGAUGGUGAAACAAUUUCCGUUCCAUUUCAGAGGCCGAAGGCAAACUCGGCUAGCUGCAUUACAGAUGGCAUAAGAGCAAGUCACUUCCUGAGCACCAUGGGAGCCUACAUGAUCAAACACGACUACCUCCUCACGCCACCUGUGGCCUUGAACGUCCCCCACCAAACCACACCCACCCAACCGGCCAGACGAAAAAACAGUUGGCAGGAAAUUUUCAAACGGGACUUUAAAAAUUUUCGCGUGCACGCUGCGGAUAGCAUCAAGGGCAGUGUGGACAGCCUGCUAACUCGCCUCUCCAACAACAGCGAAUCAGCCAGUCGUUACAGCACGUUUCUCCAAGCAUCGAACGAUCUAAUCAUUGAAGUUCUCCCUCGCAAUGACGAAUACGACGGAAGAAUUUUAAACGGAUAUGGAAGAAAAAUUUUCAGAAAGAAGGGGUAUUAUAAAAUGAGAAGCAAGUCGAAAUCGCCGGUGAAUAAUGAGCGGUGGAAACGGCUGAGCAAGAGUUGCAAAUUGAACAGUGAGUUGCAGCAGCAUCUCAGCGAACUAGACAGGUACAUAACAAUGGAGAAAUUGAGAAGAAACAGUGAACUGGAGCAUAAUAAUGCAUGUGAUGGGUGUUCGGGAAAAAAUAUUGCAAGCUUUACUCGUAAUAGCAAAAAUAUUAACAAUAAUAAUAUCUUCAAUAAUAAAAACCAUGAAAUGAAAAUGAAGAAAGAGCAUGCUACUUAUAGCUACAACAACGACAACAACCACGUAAACAGCUACAAAGAAGAAAGUGAUCAGCUUUUCUCCUCAAACUCAACAAUUCAAUUUAAAAUUUUACAACAGCAACAACUUUCACAAAUACUUCAACAACAACAACCGCAACAGAGUCAACAACAAAAGCAACAACGUCAAUAUCAAAUUCAUGAUGAACAGCAGCUGCGAGAGAGUUUUCAAAAACUGCUUCAAUUAAAUGAUACCCAGUCAAUACUAUUCACUCACUGCUCUAAUAAUGAACAAAAGCAACUACCGAAGCAAAACUCCCAAAAACACCAACAUCAACAUCAUCAUCAGCAUCAGCAGCAGCAACAGCAGCAACAACAACAACUACGCGACAAUCAACAGCAACCGUCUCAGCAGAAGGGGCAAAAACAAUCUCGCAAUAAAACAUUUGCGGCAAGCUACUCAACAAAUCAGCUACCGGAGGACCUCUCAAAAUCCUGCCCCGACCGAAGUUUCAUCUGCCCCCUUCAAGGUGUCAGUGUGGGUCAAGGUCGUUUUAAGGCCUGCUUGCCACUGAAUGCAUUUCCCAAGGGUCAUAUAUGUCUAAAGGUCAGAGGUUAUCGCCUGGAAAUUAUUCAGCUAAUAAAAAGAAGAGGGGACGGUAGGAGGAGUGGAGGGAGUAGUAGGGAGGGGAGCGAUGAUGGGCGGCUUGAGUGGAUAAGCCACGUUGAAAGCAACAGAGAUAAUGAAACUGAGAUUAGUACGAGAGACAAAAAAAUAGCCACUGGAGCCAACCAUAUGAGUGAAAGAAGAACAUACAGCGGAGAAAGUAGCUUAAACGUCAACAGUUUUUAUGGAGAGUGUGAGGCUCACAGUGGGGACACUCCGAGGAGGAAGAUAAGCGACUGCACAGAGUACAACUACGCAAAAAAGAUGAACAACUUCAACAGCAAUAACAAAGCUUGUGCAAACAUGGAUGACAACAUUGACAGAACAACAAACGAAUGCAUCAAAAACACAAAAUAUUCCAGAGCAAACACGAUGUCAGACCGAGGCGUUGUAUCGAAUAACUCGUCCUCUUCGCUACGUUUUUCUUACUUCGCUCCAAUCAGUAUCGGCAACAAUAACUUCAGUUCAAACCCCAGCACGUCAUUCAACCUCGGCAACAACACCAACAGCAAUCUCAUUCUGAACUGCAGUAGCAAUGUUUUGAAUGGAUGCAGCCAGCAACACAUUGAAACGAUUCCAGUUAGGAGCAACCAGGGGAGCAGAAGAAAUAGCAGAAAUGAAGAAACAAUUGCAGCGACGGGUAAGAACAACGUUCCACAUCCACCGGAUGAUUUCCCGAUAAGCGGAUACCGAUAUCUCGGAAGUGUCAGCAUACCGAUAUUCGUCGAACCUUCCAGCAUUGAUUUCGGUUUGGAUAAUCUAUUGCAAUGGUUGAAGAUAGAUGGGAAAUUGAAGGGCUGUAUUAGUAGCAGUUGUCUAAAUUUAGAUGACCCGCUAGAUGAUGACGAUGAUGAUAUUAAUAUUGGAGGUAAUGAUGAUGAUAAUGAUGAUGACGGUCUCGUUGUUGCUACUGUUGCUGGUCAUGAUGAUGAUGGCUUGCUGGAAAUUGAACGAAAGAAAAAUUGA